AUGGCCUCGCUCCGGCUGCCCAGGUUUCACACCCUUCUCAAAAAUAACUCGCGACUGCUCCAGGCACAGCAACGGCGAUGGGCGCAGGUGCACGACGUGCGCUUCCUGGCGACGCACCGCGAUCCGCAGCAGAUUCUGGACAAGUACAAGAACAAACUACAACAGAAAGCACAAGAGGAAGGCCAUGAGUCGGUGGAAUCGCUAAAGGAAGCGUACAAGGAAAAAAUCGCAGAGUAUCGCAGCAAUGCGUCGACCAUUGCAACGCCUGAACCAGAGACAAACUCUUCUUCACCAUCAUCAUCACCGUCAUCCUCGACAGCCUCGACAGCCUCGACGACAUCAACGACUUCGAUAGAGUCCCCCAUAGCGGCCGCCGCAAAAGCAGCAUCCGGUCCCCCCGGCAUCAAACCACUAAGCUCAUACCUCGACGUCGAAAAGAUCCUCGCACUCCCCGUCAAAGAAAUCGAAAUGCUGUGGCGCCUGCGCCACGCCAACAACCCGCGCUCCAUCUGCGCGGUCAUCCCGCUCGACACGUACCAGCGCAUGACGGCCGCGGCGCGCUCGAAUCCGCAGUUUAUUCUACCCUUGCCGCGUCAAGCAGCUACACAAACACCAGGAGAAGGGGAGGCAGUGGCGGAAGAAGGAGGCGCGGAUAUUCACUUUUUGCAAUGGGGAUUCCAUCCGCCUGCGUCGUCACCGGCACCAACAUUAGAGUCGACUGCAAACACACACGCCUCGACAAUCAUGUUUACGCAACUCGCGUCGUACAAACUGCACGGCUCGUUUGCGCAGCCGCACACGACGAUUACGCACCAUCUCGAUCUUGCCGACGAAAAAGGGGUUGUGUUGAUGCUCGGACAGGUGAUGCCGGAUGUGGGCGUGUCGGUGGCAGAGGCCAGCUGGCUGGUCAGCUGUGUGCAGCGGUUUUAUGAUUUUGAUGGAGAGGGCAGUGGGCGUAAGGGGGAGUUGUUGCGUAUGUUUACGAAUGGGGAUGUGCAAGGGUUCAAGGUGGAGGAUCUGGUGGAGGAGACGGGGAAGAUUGCUUAA